ACAUCCGCCUUUACAAUGGACAGUGAAAGCACUCCGCCUCUACCGACGCGAAAAGCUCAGCACACGAAGCGCGCGACGAGCAAACAUGCGCGCCCGACGGAAUCCCCAGCCUACGACGCAUCGGAGGAAGAUAACGAUCCGACGGACGACGGCGGCGCGCCUGCCCUUCACCGUCGACGCGCGGCCGCGCCCCCUCGGAGACACCAUCUAGCAUCUGUCCUGUCAGACUCGGACGGCGUAGACUCCCCCACGUACGAUGGCGACGUGGAGUCCUCCGCGACUGCUGGUCCGGACACCCCGACUGCGCCAGCGCCGGAACCCCUCCCUGACCCCUCGCCCGUCAUGAGCGCACAUCCGGUCUUCAUCACACCCUCCCCCGCCCCCGUCCACAACAUUACCGAACCCGCCGUCCCCUCGCAGUCUGCAGAAGCAUUCGACCCCUCUUCCCUCACACCGGAGGACAUCCAGGCCUACGUCCAGCAGGCCAUCGACGGUGACCCUGUCUCCAUAUCCGGCGAGACCCCACGCCCAAGACCAUUCCGGACCAAUUCCCCACCCACGGAUCGUCCCGUACGCGUCUACGCGGAUGGUGUUUACGACCUCUUCCACUUCGCGCACGCCCUGCAAUUGCGGCAAGCCAAGCUAUCCUUCCCUCGGGUACACCUCCUCGUCGGUGUCUGCUCAGACGUCCUCGUCCAUCGCUACAAGGCCAUGACGGUGAUGACGCAUGCUGAGAGACUCGAAGCCGUCCGUCACUGCCGCUGGGUAGACGAAGUCGUCGCCGACGCGCCCUGGAUCAUCGACCAAGCCUUCCUGGACAAAUGGCAAAUCGACUAUGUCGCUCAUGACGAGGCACCAUACCCGGUCAAGGCCGGAGGAGAGGAUGCAAUGCCAAGCGAGGACGUCUAUGCGUUCGUGAAAGAACAGGGAAAAUUCCUGCCAACGCGCCGCACACCCGGCGUCUCCACUUCAGAUCUACUCGAGCGUAUCGUCACUGGCUACCGGCGAGGCGAGUUCGAUGGGAAGCUGAGAGAAGGCAUGCGGAGAGUAGACGAAGAGGGCGUCAAGCAGUGAACGCAUGUACUCGGCAGAAGUGCGUGGUGCGCUGGUCAGGACUCGGUGCUGGAUUUAAGCCUGGGUGGAGCGAGCUCGGAGUCGCGCAGGAUAUCGCGCGUUACCGGUGAGGAAGUCAAAAGCAAAGAAGCGUCUCGUCUUUAUACGGAUAUUAUAUGUGUAUCGUUAAGACUGGAUGUAUUGGUAGGAAGGCUAGAUUUGAAGGCGGAAGUUGCGCACACGCACAGUAUCAAUGAACCUACUAUUGUUCGGAAGUUUUGCGCACAGUAUCAUUAUUGCUCACGCAGG